AUGAGGACUAUUUAUAUCUGCAAAAGUCUCUUCUCACUCUCUCUCAAGAACUCCUCACAUCUCAACAAAACCCCAAUCUCUCUUCUCUCUCUCCUCUUCAUCUCUUCCUCUCCAGAAACCCCCAUUGCGGUGGCCGAUUACUUGAUUGACAGACACAAAUUUUCUCCUGAAACUGCUUCGAAAGUCUCUUCCGUAGUAAAGUAUCUGAAAAGGCCUGAAGAGACCGAUUCGAUUCUUUCAUUUCUCCAGGAAAGUGGUUUUUCUGAUACCCAUCUCGAGCGUAUCAUCAAACGCGCGCCUCAAGUUCUCUCUGCAAAUCUUGAGUGCUCCAUCAAACCCAAAUUCAAAUUUUUUCAAGACUUGGGUUUUUCUUCUAGCGAUAUUGUGAAAAUUGUUUCGUCUGAACCACGGAUUCUAACUCGUAGCGUUGAUAAUCAGCUUGGUCCAUCGAUUUUAACAUUGAAGAGUGUUCUCGGUUCGAAUAUGGAUGAUGUGUCUAGGGUUUUAAAGAAAAAUGGGUGGCUUCUAAGGUAUGAUUUGGCGAAAACUAUGAUACCCAAUAUUGAACUUUUGAAGAGUUGUGGUAUUAGUUCGUCGCAUAUAACUCAGUGUCUCUAUAUAUUCCCAAGAGAUUUCAUGCAUAAAACGAUGAGAAUUAGCGAAAAUGUCAAGAGGGUUGAUGAGAUGGGCAUUGACAGGAAGUCUAAAAUGUUUCUUAUUGCGAUUCGGGCUAUUAGUUCGAUAAGUAAAGAUAAUUGGGAGUUGAAAUUGGAGCUUUUUAAGAGUUUGGGGUUUUUGGAAGAUGACAUUUUGUCAGUUUUUAGGAGACAGCCUCAGUUAUUUGUUCUGUCAGAGAGGAAAAUUUUGACUCAGUACUUCUUAAUUGUCCUGCUUAAGCAUAUCUGA